AUGCCAACAUAUAACACUACUUCAGUGUCUGCUGGCAGCUCUACAUCAGCACCGUUGUACUUUGACUGGAGACUGACUGACUGUGUCAGCCCCGUUAAGGAUCAAGGCCAAUGUGACGCUUGUUGGGCCUUUAGUGUCAUUGGAAAUAUUGAAAGCCAUCUAUGCAUUUAUAGAAAUCAAAGGGUGGUUCUUUCUGAACAGUAUCUCAUAGACUGCGAAAGUCAUAAGACUGGAUGUAAUUUUACACCGACGUCGAAAAUAUAUGCAGAAAUUGUGAAUCUUGGUGGUGUACUUAAGGAGGAAGACUAUUUCCCGUACACAGAGAAUAUCCAUUGGUGUAGAGCGCGUUGUGAUACGCAGCCAAUCCCCGUGGCGGGCUUUAGAAAGGUUGAGGCUAAUGAAGAGAUAAUGAAAGAGUGUGUCUUUCAAUAUGGACCAUUAACAGCAGCAAUCAACUCAGCUUCCUUGCACAAAUAUAAAGGAGGAAUAGAUGAGCCUACAGAUGGUCAAUGUCCGCCUGAUUCAGUAGAUCAUCAUGUUCUCAUUGUUGGUUACAGCGAGUAUGAAGACCCAGAUACAGGAAAAAGGACACCAUAUUGGAUAAUCAAAAACUCGUGGGGCACCAAUUUUGGUGAUAACGGGUAUUACUAUUUGGUGCGGGGACGUAACGCUUGCGGUAUUACUACCGAUGUAUCAUUUAGUUUCGUUAAAUAG